AUGACUUUUUUAACAAUGUGUUUUAGAAAUUAUUAUAAGAGUAGAAUAGACGUUUCUAAAAACGAAAAGAGCAUUUUAAAUAUAUUUAAAUCCGCCAAAAGCAGAAAUUCUAGUGGUCAAUUCAAUG